AUGGGAAGUCCUUCCUCCGUUACUGAUGGUUUUGUUGAGUUCUCUUUGGACUCAGCUCACCCUUUCUACGUUCAUUCAUCCGAUAGUCCUAGUAGUCAGUUAGUUGCUAUCCCUUUCAAUGGGACUGGUUUUGUACACCGGCGAAGUAGUAUGCUCACUUCACUUUCCGCUAAAAAUAAACUAGGCUUAGUCACUGGGAAAGUUCCUCAACCUUCGCCCAAUUCUCCUUAUUAUCCUUACUGGGAGCGAUGUAAUGAUAUGGUAAAGGCUUGGAUUACCAAUUCAUUGACUAGGGAGAUAGCAGGCAGUGUCAUGUGUCUCAACACUGCUAGAGAAGUAUGGAGUGAUAUAAAUGAAAAGUUUGGACAAUCUAAUGGAUCCAAGUACAUUCAAAUCCAAAGGAAAAUCAGUUCUAACUCACAAGGGUCUUCUGAUAUUGCCACUUACUUCACCAGAAUGAGGGCUCUUUGGGAUUAG